AAUCGUUACAAAAGGGCAAUGUCGGAGAGGAACGGAGCCACCGGAAAAAUGUAAAAAUACUCGUAACUGAAACGAGCAACCAACAGGCGCAACAAUUUGAGAUUCGAUCGACCCGCCCGCCGGUGUGCUGUGCAGUGACAUGUACAACCUUCGACCUCUGAUUAUUGAUCUCAUACUCGCACAUCUUGUUUAUGUUCUUCAGUUGUCUCCUCCCAUCUUGGCCAUCAGGAAGGAUGUGAGUCUUCAACUGAAGCAUUAUUGUAGAACCACUGUACAAGGAAGAUUCUUUCUUGCUGAUGAUAAUGGUUAUGUGUGCGAUGCUUUCUCAGUUGACCCACUGUAUCGUUGUUGCCCAGAUAAAGGAAAUCGAUUCUCUUGUCAGGGAUGCAAUCUUGUUUCUCAGUGUUGCAACUCAUAUGAGUUCUGUGUUUCAUGCUGCUUGAAUCCAACUAUGACUCCCAAAGAACAGGCACUGAAGGUUAAAAUAGCAAAGCCUGCAACAGCUGGAACCUAUGGAAGUAUUUUUGAUUUUUGUGCUGGCAGGUGUCGCCAUAAUUCUGAGAGUGUGGUUCACGAAAAUGCCUAUCUAAGUGAAUUUCAUCAUUGUUUUUCCAUACCAUCUAACACUUCAGGGUCUUCAAGUUCUCUGCUGGAAGCAAGGUUGGCUGGCAUCAAUGUCACUGUUGGACGACAAGGGGAAUCGUGUGACUCAGUUUGCAAGUCAAAUGGGCAGUCUUGUGUUCCCAACAAGCUUCAACUGCUUAAUCAGUGUGAAAUACUUCAAAAAUAUAUGAGCUGCAAAGGGGGGUGCUUGGCUAGUACCGGAUCUGACCAACCUGCUGAAGUUGUUGAUGAUGCCCCUAAACAUCUGAACCCCGGUGCGUGCUUGUAUACGAAAACACAAUCUACACUCUCUUGUGAUGGUUCGCACAGGCAUACGACAAGACUUUGCCCUUGCGCAUAAAGAUGGCAAACAAAUAAGCCUGCAUUGUCUUUGCCCCUCCAAUGCUAACACCUCUUUAAAUUAUCCAUAAGAUUAAUGGUUAUAUUGUCAAGAUUGUGCAAACCUGAAUUUCCUUUGUAAGUGUAAGCUAAGGUAAUGGAAUGUCAUUGCGUCAUUUAGAUUAGGCACAUUAAUGUAGUCUCUUGACAAACGCGUCAUUGAUUAUUGAUUUGUUUGGUUGUGGUUUGAAAUUGAUUUGAAAUGAAAUAUUUAUUUGAGUUUUUGUUUAAA